CACACACAAAUGGGGGAAAGCAGUACGUGCUAUGAUAAGAACGAGGGACCGAAGAAAGGAGCCUGGGCUGCAAGUGAAGACCAGAUUGUCAUAGACUACGUCAAAAAACAUGGUGUAGGAAAAUGGGGCAAAUUAUCUAGGGAAACAGGUCUGAAGAGAUGUGGGAAGAGUGUGAGGCUUAGGUGGCUGAAUUAUCUGAGGCCUGGUAUCGUUAGAGGCAACAUUACAGAAGAUGAAGAAGAGCUCAUCAUCAGACUCCACAAACUCUUGGGCAACAGAUGGUCACUGAUAGCCGGAAGGAUACCAGGGCGAACUGAUAAUGAAAUAAAAAACUACUGGAAUUCCUGCUUAAAGAGGAAGCUACAACAACAAAACCACUUGGCAGUGCCUAGAAAUGAGGAGAUCAGGGAGGACUUGUCAUCCUCUGCUGCGGUUGCCGCCGCCGCUGAGAAGAACCCACAUUUGACCGGAAACAAUGUCAAUGAAGACGAAGAUUAUCAUCAGCAUCAUGAUGUUGACUUUGGAGUUGGAAUUGAGUUUGAAGCAAUUGAUAAUAAUAACGGCACUGGUGAUGAUGAACAUCUGAGGGAUGACCUUUGGUGGAACAACUUCAUAAUGGAUCUGAAUGAUAUCCAACUCGAUGCAUCUGAAUUCCAACCCGACUUCCCCGAGAUUAGGCUAGGGAAUCUAUGGUGAACGUUAUCGAUGUUAGAGAUUACAGCACCGAUCAUCAUGCCAACUAAUUAAUUCCUUGA